AUGGACGCUGGAAGUCUCGCUCAGAUGUCUCACGCGCAUCUCAACCAGGCCCACGGCCUGACCAUGGGCUCUGGUCUGGCAUCCCGGCGUGGAGGCCAGAAUAUCAAGCCGCUUUCCUUUGACACCCUCAAAUCACCCGCCGAGCGCGGCGACGGUGUGCCAACACCGCGUACUAGCCGGUCUCACCUGCUAGCCGGUCUUCGCACUGCGCCCAAGUCGGCCACCGCCGCCAGCUUCCCGAACCUUCCUUCGCCGACGACUGCCAUGCCCCAGGGCCGGAACCGCAACUCGAUGGCCGCCGGAAUGUUUGACUCGGCCAGUCUGUAUGGGCCCAAGACAUCGAUGCCUCGAUUCGCGAGCCAACAGCAAACCCAGCAAUCCCAACAAGCCCAGCAGCACGCUCAACAGCAGGCCCAGCAGCAGGCUCAGCAGCAAGCCCAUCAACAAGCUCAGCAGCAGGCCCAGCAGCAGGCUCAGCAGGCGUAUAACCAGCAGAUGGCUGCGUUCAAUCAGCAGUACACCGCCGAGCAGGUGUUGGCUCCCCCGCAGCUACAAUUGGAUGACACGCGCGAGCACAUUGACCCUACCCUCCAUGCCCAGCUCCUGUACACCAACGCGUACUUGUCCGAUCAGCAGCAGCGUCUCCAGCAGCAGCUCAAGGCUCUGCAGGCGGCUGCCCAGCAAUUCCAGGGACUGAGCAUCAACGGUCAACCCCAGAUGAUGCAGCAGGGCUACCAGAACGUGUACCAGCAGCAGCUGCAGAACGUUCAAGCCAUGAUGGCGCCUGCCACGCCGCAGGCCGGUGUCUACACCGUCUAUGAUCCUGUUACCGGGGCCCCCUCUCUGUAUCUGGACCAGAACCAAGCUCAGGCCCACCAGAACCAGCUGAAUGCCCAGCUCCACGCGCAGCUCAAUGCCCAACUUGCGAACCAGGCUCAGCUGGCGAACGCAUACGCCAAUAUGCAGCAGCCCGCCGUUGGCACCCCGCGCCUCCAGGUUUCCCCGCCGCCGUCGGCCCCCAAUGCAUCGGGCUUCCGGAUUCCGUCACCGCCGCGCCGCUAUGACUCCCCGGCUGAGACCCACGCCCCUCUGCCGCCCCCGAGCGCCAACGCCUUCCGUCGGGGUCAUAAGAAGGCCCCCUCGGUUUCCAACAAGGCUCACCUGUCGAUCGCGACCAACGAGGACCCCCUCAAGUCGGCGGGGCCCAAGACAGCUUCGUUCCCGCUCACACCUUUGACCGCUGGCUACGGGCCCGGCCAAGGUCGGGCUGGCGAGCACCCCGUCCGGCAGCCACGGAACCCCCCGUCGAUGGACGAGCUCAAGUCCAAGCCGACCUCCAAGCACGAAGGUAGCAAGAACUUUGUCACGCGUACCCGGCGGUCGGCCAUCCACAACCUCGUGAGGGCUGGACUUGAACGUCGCAAGGAAGCGCGGAGCUCUGGCAGCAUCAGCCCCAUUUCUGAGAGCACCGAGGAGCUCAUCGAGACGCCCAUGACGGACAACGACAGCGACUCCGGCCGUAGCGGGUCGGGCAGUCUGAUCGACCGGGACGAGUGCAGCCUACCCAGCUCGAGAACUAGCACUGGCAGCUGGGGUGCCAUCGGCUCCGACCGGCCGAGCUCGCGGCAGAAGACGCAUCGGUCCAGCGUGGACAGCGUCCCCUCCGAUUCUGAGAAUGCGCCGGGCAGCUUCGCCAGCCUGCUUAAGAACAGCAACCGGACCGUCAAGGUCGGCGGCGAGGUCCAGCGCAAGGCCCGGCUUGUCCUGGGCAGCACCGAGAAGCGGAAGCUCGCUGUCUAG